CCAAGGUGAUGCCUUCAGCCUCUGAAGCGACCCACAGCUUUCUACAGCAGCGGAAUGAUCUCAGUCACUUUUAGACCUGACCGAGAAAUAAAGACACCUGAAAGCUGGAAGAUCACUUUUGUGCCCGGUUUACAGAUUGAUUUCUACUAGCUGUCAGGCACUGGGAGCAACUUGGACUGGUGUUUAUUUGGUUGUUUUUUUGGUUGUUUUAUUGUGUUUUGUUUAUUUUUUAUUUUGUUUUUUUGCCUUUUUAUUUCUUGAAACUUGACUCGAUUAAUUUGGUGGCUGUCAUUUACUGGAAGCAACUUUUUUCCCAAUUUUUUAAAUAUUUGUACUACGAAUUCAAUGCGUCUUGUCGGAGCGCAGUGUCAGAGCAUGGAGGAGCAGCUGUCCCCGUCUAUGCAUGUGGCACGUGCUGCUGGACCUCAGGCCAGAGUCCACAGCAUUGAGGCCAUUCUGGGUUUUAGAGAGGAGAAGAUGCUCCAGGUCGAAACCUGUGGGACCAGAGGGACCACGAAAACAGACACAAACUCCGAAAGCUUCCAGGAUGCCCCUUCAAGCCCAGACCGUAAGAAGCACCGGCGGAACAGGACCACCUUCACCACGUUUCAGCUGCAUGAGCUGGAGAGGGCCUUCGAGCGGUCACACUACCCAGACGUUUACAGCAGAGAAGAACUCGCACUGAAGGUCAACCUGCCAGAAGUACGUGUCCAGGUGUGGUUCCAGAACCGUCGUGCUAAGUGGCGUCGUCAGGAGAAGCUGGAGGUCAGCUCCAUUAAGCUCCAGGACUCGUCCAUGCUGUCCUUCCCCAGGUCGGCUGCUCCAGGGCUGGGCAGUGGUGGCCUGCCGCUGGAUCCUUGGCUGACUGGGCCCAUUUCGGGUCCUAUCUCGUCCCCUAGUUCACCCUUACAGUCUCUGCCGGGCUUUAUGACCUCUCAGCCUUCCAGCUACACCCCUCCGCCUUUUCUGGGCCACCCUCUACCCCACCUCGGUCCAGUGUGCCCCCCUCCACCCCUGCCGGCCUACCAGUGCUCAGGCUUCAUGGACAAACUCAGUCUGGAGGAGUCAGACCCUCGCAACUCCAGCAUAGCAUCGCUGAGAAUGAAGGCCAAGGAGCACAUUCAGUCCAUAGGGAAGACAUGGUAGAGGGCAGAACAUUAUAGACUGCAAUGCUGCACUACGACAAACCAGACCUAUGGAGUCGUAUGGGGUCCUACAGGGUCAAACAAACCAAGCUGGAUGCAUCCUGAUGGUAUAUUUGCCACGGAACCUGUCACACUGUGCCCACUGUCCAGCAAAGCCUGAACUGAAGCCCUUUAGGACUCUCUUUGGAUGACAAUCAAAGCAGAGACUUAAACAAAGCAGAAAACGUUUAUAGCACAUCACUGUUGCACUGUUGAAGUGCAUUCAGAGAGUGCAUUUCCCUAUUUUUAUAAUAUAUCUUAUUUUCUUAAUUGAUAAAUGCAAAAACAAAAGGCAUUGGCUCCAGCAAAUCACAAAGUAUCAAUUGCAUUCAGAGGCUGAAUUUGAGACAUUUUGCCCUAUUUUUAUAAUGUAUCUUACACUGUUUCUUGGUAAGAGCUAAAGUAAAAGGCAUUUGCUCCAGCCAGUCAAAUAAAGCAGUAGUAUGAGGGAUGUAUAUUUCAAGCCAUUCAUGCUGUCACAUUCCCACGUUUGAGAUUCUGUUUCUCGCUUCACUGUGAUUGACACAGUGCCAAUACAAUCUAUUUAUUCUUCCAGGUGUGUUCCAACGGUUUUAUUCCCAUUAUUUUUGUAAAACACUCCUGUGUGUGUGUGUGUGUGUGUGUGUGUGUGUGUGUGUGUGUGUGUGUGUGUAUGCUGAGUGUAAUUUUGCAAGGAUGUCCAUAUAAAAUGUUCAUUAA